AUGGCGUCGUAUACGGAUUUGGCGGCGUCGGCGCCGGGCAGCAAGCUGUCGAAGCCGCGCAGCAAGACGGCGGUCAAGCCAAUCCUGAAAAAGUUGUCGCACUCGGAAAAGAACUCGCUGGAUUUGGAUCGGGGUUGGGAUGAGCAGACGUCGUUUGGCAACUAUAGCGGUAGUCUGGGGAGGGAAAGAGAAGGAUCUUUCGGAGGCAGAGACGUCAGCUUCAGCAUUUCGGCGACGGAACUCAACACUGGCAACAGCAACGGAAGGAGCAAAUUCAGCCACGCCCGGUCAACCAGCGGCACCUCCCACGUCAGUAUAGCGACCAACGGCAGCGGCCAAAGAAACGGCAGCUUCGUCCACCCUUUUCAGCAGACACCGCGCACCGCAACACCGCCUCUCUCGUACGCCAACUCAUUCACCAGCUUCGAGCAGGCCACCGGUACCAGCGGCCCUCGCGAUUACUCUCCGACAAUCACAGAGGACGACGACGAUCUGCUUGACCAACAACAACAAGUAUACAAUCACCACCGGAGCAACUACGCGACGCCUUCCUCCACAACCACCAUCCUCAACAGCAAUCCUACCUCAUAUCCUCGGCGCCCGUCACUAACAAGUCGCACCUCAUCUCUAUCUGACAUCCAUACCACUGGGCCUCCAUCGCUGCGCAUCAACACCAGCCGUACAAAUUCCAACGCUACGUCAUCGCGGCUGGUACACGUCUCUAGCCAUUCCGACAUCAAUAUCACCGGCCGGAAAUCAGAAUCCGCCGCCGCCGUCUCCAGUACAGCACCUACCUUUUCACCAUUAUCAACGGCAUCUCCAUCAACAUCAAUGUCUCCGCUCCGCACCUCUCUGGAGGGCUUCCGCCUUCGCUCCCGCUCCGAGCUCGACUCCAACUACCACCAAGAGCGCAUCCGAGAGGAGCGUCGCCGUUGGCAGGAGAAGGAGCGCAUCAAGGAUGCCAAGAAGGCCAAGGAGGACCAGCGCAAGCAAGAGCGCGCCAACUUGAAGGAAGCGCAGCGCUUCGAGAGGGAGCAACAGAUGCUGCACAUGGAGCAGCAGGCCCAGGCCAAGCGAGAGGCCAAGGAGGCUGCCCACAAGCAGAGCUUCAACAGCGCUCGCAACAGCUCCAGCGACAUUAUCCGCCCCUCCAUCAGCCGCAAGAAGACAGCCCCCGACGCGGAGAAGCUGGCCAUGGGCGAGCUCGGAUUUGCCAGCCGUAACUAUGAGAACACCAACCAGGGCCAGGCUCCCGUUGCUGCCGCCGACAGCAUCAUGGAGGGCCCUCGCCGCUCCCAGACGGCCAAGCGCAAGACUCAGGGUGCCUGGACCAGUUUCGUCUUGUGGUUCCGGACUAGAAUUCUGCGCCUCAACAACAUGGCCAAGCGCUGA